CAUGAGCACAGAGACAGCCUGCAGGCCACAGGAGCUGGACUCUGAGUAUGCUGAACUGGCCGAUAUGGUGGCUGCCAUUGAUGUAGCAGCCAGUAGGGUGACCCCACCCAAUGGCCACAGGAGCCCCCCUCACCGCCUACUGCUGUCCGACCGCAAGUUCUCUUUGCAAGAGCGCGGGAGUUACCAGAACGGGACGACUCCCAGGAUAGCCAGAAGGCCGACCAUCGAGUCCAAACGGGUGUCCAUCUCAGAUGGUGAGGACUGUGUGCAGCUUAACCAGUACAAAUUAAAGAAUGAGAUUGGAAAGGGCUCAUAUGGUGUGGUUAAACUGGCCUAUAAUGAAGAUGAUGAUCAGUACUAUGCUAUGAAGGUGGUCUCCAAGAGGAAGCUAAUGAAGCAAUGUGGAUUUCCACGGCGUCCCCCUCCCAAAGAAAGUGCUGCCUCACAGGGCAACCGUCCAAAACCGUUCGGCCCAUUGGACAGAGUGUACCAAGAGAUUGCCAUCUUGAAGAAACUUGACCAUCUGAAUGUUGUCAAACUAGUGGAGGUUCUUGAUGAUCCAGAUGAAGACAACCUGCACAUGGCCUUUGAGUUGGUGCCAAAAGGCCCAGUGAUGGAUGUACCCACAGAUAAUCCUUUAACAGAAGAGCAGGCCAGGUUCUACUUCAGAGAUGUUAUCCUGGGCAUCGAAUACUUGCACUAUCAGAAGAUCAUACAUAGAGAUAUAAAGCCUUCAAACCUGCUGCUCGGAGAUGAUGGCCAUAUUAAGAUUGCAGACUUUGGAGUCAGUAAUGAGUUUGAGGGGAGCGAUGCUCUGUUAUCAAACAGUGCAGGAACGCCAGCCUUCAUGGCACCUGAGACUCUGACUGACCAGGAGCAGAGAUUCAGCGGAAAGGCUUUAGACGUGUGGGCGAUGGGAGUAACCUUAUUCUGUUUUGUCUUUGGGAAGUGUCCUUUUGUGGAUGACUACAUUUUAGCCCUGUAUGACAAGAUAAGGAAUAUGCCAGUGAUCUUUCCAGAUAUGCCUGUUAUAAGCGAGGAGCUGAGGGAGCUAAUCACCAGAAUGCUGGACAAAGUCCCUGAAACAAGGAUCACCAUUUCUGAAAUAAAGCUGAACCCAUGGGUGACGCUCAACGGUUUGGAGUCGCUGCCUCUGGAGGAGGAGCACUGCACGGUGGUGGAGGUGACAGAGGAGGAGGUGCAGAACUCUGUCAAGCUCAUUCCCAGCCUGUCUACUGUGAUCCUGGUGAAGUCCAUGCUGAGAAAGCGCUCUUUUGGGAACCCCUUCGACUUUCUGAGCCGCAGGCAGGGCAGAUCCAUGUCUGCCCCAGGAAACCUCAUCUCGGACACUUCGUUGUUUCGCGCCUCUGUGAACAUUCACCCAUCAUUAAGCAGAGCGAGUGAUGGGAGCAGAGAAGGAGAACUGGAGGACCUUUAUGAGGAUGAAGAUACGUGAAUAUGUAACUGCUUUGCCUUUGCCAUUUCUGU